AUGGAUGAAUACAAAAGUGCAAAAGAUCAGUUUUCUGAAACUGUGUCUGUUCAUCUUUGUCUUGAUGAAAGUUUUAAAAAAGCAAAAUACCUCAUCUUUCUCGAUGUGAAACAGCCACGUUCACAUUUGGACUGGGAACCUGAGAAUUGUGAGGAUGAAAUAAGAGACCUUGAGAAGAAAGUAAAUGAUUUGAAAGACAGACUUAAGAAAGAGACAACUGAAAAAGACCAGAAGACAAAAGAAUUGCAAGCAAUGGCUGAAAACAAGCUAGAAGAGAAACCGAACCUUGCUGAGUUAAUCCAGCAUGUUAGGGUUGGAAGUAAAUGGCACCUGCUUGGUGUACUCCUCGAAUUAGACGAAAUUAAACUAAAUGAUAUCAGAAGGAUGAGAGAAGGCAGUGAUUUUAAAGCAUUAAAAAUGUUUCAGUUGUGGCUUAAGACCAACCCCAAUGCUACAAGAAGACAAGUUAUUGACGCAUUAAAAAAAGAACCUGUUAAAGAGAUGACUGUUGCUGAUAAUUAUGAAAAAAUAUUACAGAGUGAGCCUUCUGGAACAAUUAUUGAAAAUGAUACUGAAGUAGAUGACUACUAUGAUGACUCUAACAAGAAACUAGAAAAUGCAAAGAAGAUGAGCAGAGCAAAAACACUAGAGAUAGAGAAGUACCGAGUGAGAUUUGUUCAACAGCAAGAAAAAGAAAGAACAAUUAUUGAAAAUGAUACUGAAGUAGAUGACUACUAUGAUGAUUUUAACAUGGAACUAGAAAUGUUAAAGAAAGUGAGCAGAGCAAAAACACAAGAGACAGAGCAGUACCAAGUGACAUCUGUUCUACAAGGAAAAGAAUACCAAGAUGAGGAUGAUAUAAAAGAGUUUCAAAGAGAUUCUUUCAAUAUGAUAACAAAUCGUGAAUUGGAAUUCUCUACUCCAGCAUGCCAAAUGUUGCAGAAAGUCAAUGAGAAUUUUAUUGCUGAGAACACAAGAGACCAUUGGAACUUCUUCAGUAAGAAGGAUGAAGUAAAGAUUGAAAGUUCAGCUAGUGAUGAUGAAGGUGUGUCUGGAACAGUUUCUGAAGAAGAUGAAGAAUCAUUAAUAGUUACUCAGGGACCUGCUAAGAAACGACGUGUUAUAACUGACAGUGACAAUGAGGAGGAGGACUGUUAA